UUACUCGGGUUGCUGGUACCAAGCGUCUCGCAAAGCCAUUCCGAGCUUCCCUUCCUGUACGAUUCUUCGCGGACGCCCCAUGCGUGAUCUAGUUCCCACUACUCCAAGGAUGGAGAAGUUUUGCGCUAAAUGUAGGUAUAGAAUACUUGAACCGAGCAGCAAGAGGCGGCUUUUUGAGAUACCGUACGCUGUACUUGAUCCUCGCAAACGUAUCACAGCGCUCGAACAGUGUCGAGCCGGACGGCCCGCUACGUACGUACUUACUCCGAAGUCGCUGUUGACGCCAGUCUCCGCUCUACUGGUUAACGUUAGGGAUGACACUGGCAAACGAUGGCUCAACUACUACUGCCUCCUACGUUGGAUAUUCUGAUGCGCUCCAAGACGAGAGCUCCUAAGUCUGCUUCGAACGAGGGAUACUGACACAUCAUUGACUAGGUUAAAACCUAAUGAGUUUGAGAUGAUCGCCCGUCAAACUUCUGCUAGGGCAUCUCCGCGAACCAGCCAC